UGGGCGAAGCACUUCCGUCUGGCGGAGGGAGCGCAUAUAAGGGCGGCGGAGGGGAAGCCGGGCCCUCUUUCGCCUCCUCAGCGUCGAAAUGACGAAGAAGAGAAGGAACAACGGCCGCGCCAAGAAGGGCCGUGGGCAUGUCCAGCCUAUUCGUUGUACCAACUGUGCCCGCUGUGUCCCCAAGGAUAAGGCUAUUAAGAAGUUUGUCAUCCGAAACAUUGUAGAGGCAGCUGCUGUCAGAGACAUCUCCGAAGCAAGCGUCUUUGACUCCUAUGUGUUGCCCAAGCUCUAUGUGAAGCUUCACUAUUGCGUGAGCUGUGCCAUCCACAGCAAGGUGGUGAGGAACCGCUCCCGUGAGGCUCGGAAGGACCGCACCCCUCCUCCCAGGUUCAGGCCUGCAGGUGCUGCACCAAGACCACCCCCCAAACCGAUGUAAAGAGAUUAUUGGAAUGAUGUGAAGUUGCUAAUACCAACUAAAUAAAUACAUUUACAGUCA